UCCCGUGCGCAUCUCCGCUCCACGCUGCGUAAAAACCAACACCUCGGCGAAGAUGGACGGAUGGAUGGACGCACGGCCGCGGAGGGACUGAUGUUCCCGUUCGAUCCGACGCGAGCUGCAUUCUCUGAACACUUUUAUGUUGUAUUUUCAAAGGAUUAUUAGGUUUGAUCUGUGGCAAAAAGGCGAAAGAAGUGAGGAGGUUUUUUUUUUUUUUUUGGUUGGUGUGUGUGUGUGUGCGCGCGUCGAGGAGAGAAAGGGAAGCUCCGGGUUGCUGAGGAAGGCUGGUGCGCGACAGAAACACGGAAAGUCACGGAUCAUGCUUAUGGGAACUUCCGAUUCCGUCUCGAUAAGAGUGGCUCUGCCUGAUGCUCUAUCAUGACUGAUGGCGAGGGGAGAGCGCGCUUUCAGUACGCCGAUUGCCAGGAGGGGCAGGAGGAGGUGCAGGAGGAGGUGAGGCUCUCCAUACCGACGCCCUACAGGAGCGAUGCCCCGGGUCACGAUGAUGACCCUGGCGGAGGCAGCGAUGAAGAGGAGGAGGAGGAGGAGAAGGAGGAAAAUGAGAGGAGAAGGGGGCGUAGGAGCAGCAGCAGUCAGGAGCGUGAGGAGCAAGAACCGGAGCAGGAGGUGGAAGUUGGACCAACACUGGGAGUUCGCAUCAGGGCUCCCAUCCGCGAUCCAGACUGCGUCUCCGAGGAGGAGGAGCAGCAGCCCUACCCGGCCCUGGUGCCCGUGGCCUUCUUCUGCCUAAAGCAAACGACCAGGCCUCGGAACUGGUGUCUUCGUGUCGUCUGUAACCCGUGGUUCGAGCACGUGUCCAUGCUGGUGAUCCUGCUGAACUGUGUGACCCUGGGGAUGUUCCAGCCCUGUGAAGACGUCCUCUGCCAGGCCGAGUGGUGCCGCAUCCUCCAGGUGCUGGACGACUGCAUCUUCGCUUUCUUUGCCGUGGAGAUGGUCAUCAAGAUGGUGGCACUGGGAAUCUUCGGCCCCAACUGCUACCUCGGUGACAAGUGGAACCAGCUUGACUUCGUCAUUGUCAUGGCAGGGGUGAUGGAGUACUCUCUGGAUGGUCACAACGCCAGUCUGUCAGCCAUCCGUACCGUCCGAGUGCUCAGGCCACUGCGGGCGAUCAACAGAGUUCCAAGUAUGCGGAUCCUGGUGACGCUGCUGCUGGACACUCUGCCCAUGUUAGGAAACGUCCUCCUCCUCUGCUUCUUUGUCUUUUUCAUCUUCGGCAUCGUGGGAGUCCAGCUGUGGGCGGGGCUUCUGCGCAACCGCUGCUUCCUGGGAGAGGAUGUCAAAACAAUGUUCAACAAGUCCCUGGACCCCUACUACAUGUCCGAGGAGGGCGAGGAGAGCCCGUUCAUCUGCUCGGCGCCGCGCGAGAACGGGAUGCUGCGCUGCCACGACCUGCCGCCCUACAUCGAGGAGAAGAUGGAGUGCUCCCUGGAGGCGCCGCAUCAAAGCUCAAACGACUGCAUCAACUGGAACCGGUACUACAACGUGUGUCGACCCGGGAACUUCAACCCUCACAAGGGAUCGGUGAACUUCGACAACAUCGGCUACGCCUGGAUAGCCAUAUUCCAGGUCAUCACACUGGAAGGAUGGGUCGAUAUCAUGUACUAUGUCAUGGACGCACACUCCUUCUACAAUUUUAUAUAUUUUAUACUGCUCAUUAUUGUGGGCUCUUUCUUCAUGAUCAACUUGUGCCUCGUGGUCAUCGCCACCCAGUUCUCUGAGACCAAGCAGAGGGAGAACGCCCUGAUGAGGGAACAGCGCGCACGCUACAUGUCCAACGACUCCACGCUCGCCAGCUACAGCGAGCCCGGCUCGUGCUACGAGGAGAUGCUACGCUACAUCAGCCACUUGUAUCGCAAGUUCUCACGCAGGCUGCAGAGGAUAUACUCCGGAUGGCACAGUAAACGGCGUAAAAAGGUGAACCCUAAUGGAAGCGGUGGCGGCAGUAACGGUGGAGGUAACGGCCACGGCCACGGCUCCAGCAGGGGGUGUGGCGGAUCGGGCCCCAACAGCGCAUUGUGGCUCAGGCCGAUCCAUAACCUCCUGCAGCACCAUCAGCACCAGCACUGUCGCCUCAGCAACGGCGGGCAUCACACCAUCAGCGUGGGAACCGCCGAGCACACGGACAGAGAGGGUGGAGGGGAGGAGCUGGAGAUGAAGUCACUUCCUGUGCGGAGAGGAAGUACAAAUGAAAACAACAGCAGCGGUGGCGGUGCCCGGCCAGCUGUGGUCAGCCCCGGCAUGGGGGUUCUGCUGGGGCGGCUGAAUGGCGGGAUGAACUAUCCCACCAUCCUGCCGUCUUUUGUGUGCAGCUACAGCAGCAAGACGCCGCCGCCUCACUCCCAGCAGUGCAGGCCGGGCCCAGAGCAGCACCCGACCAAUCACCCGGCGUCUGAACACACGGAGACGCUGAACAAGCUCUACAAGCUCAUGGGACAACACAGUAAGCGUUUCAAACUCUCUGAACAUCCUGAUUUUUGCUCUUUUCCCGAGCAGCUGACCGAUGUGUUGGAGAUCAGUAACAUCGUCUUCACCAGUAUGUUCGUCUUGGAGAUGUUCUUCAUGCUGCUGGCGUUUGGCUUGUUCGGAUACAUCAGGAACCCGUACAACAUCUUCGACAGCAUCAUCGUUAUCAUCAGCGUGUGGGAGAUCAUUGGCCAGUCGGACGGCGGGCUGUCCGUCCUGCGAACGUUUCGUCUGCUGCGGGUCCUGAAGCUGGUUCGAUUCAUGCCCGCCCUGAGGAGGCAGCUGGUGGUGCUGAUGAAGACCAUGGACAACGUGGCCACCUUCUGCAUGCUGCUGAUGCUUUUCAUCUUCACAUUCAGUAUCCUGGGAAUGCAUCUGUUCGGCUGCAAAUUCAGUCACAAAACGGAAGAUGACGACACAAUCCCUGACCGCAAGAACUUUGACUCUUUACUUUGGGCCAUUGUCACCGUAUUCCAGAUUCUGACCCAGGAGGACUGGAACGUGGUGUUGUAUAACGGCAUGGCCUCCACCUCUCCGUGGGCGGCCCUCUACUUUGUCGCUCUCAUGACAUUUGGCAACUACGUGCUCUUCAACUUGCUGGUGGCCAUCUUGGUCGAGGGCUUCCAGGCCGAGGGCGACGCCAACAGGUCCGAUUCAGACGAUGAGAAGAAAUCGGACAACUUUGAGGAGGACGAGAAGGUCGAGCAGCUCAGAGACACCGAACUGAAGAUGUACUCCCUGAUGAUGACAGCUAACGGUCAUGUGGACCCUCGCGGCUCCAUGGCUCCUCCUAUAAUCAUGCGAACGGCAGCCACACCCAUGCCCACCCCGAAGAGCUCCCUGGGACCAGAGUCCAUCCUCGGGGACGAGCUCCUGGGGAGUCCUCGACACGGCGAGGUGGGACUGGGGCUCUCGGAGACCGGAGCUGGUCACUCAGAAUCUCGCCGUGGGAGCGCCGCCUCCAUUGACCCAUUGGCCUAUGACCAGCAUUCUCUGAGCCUCUCAAGUCCCGGACGCCGCUCCCCUCUCCCGCCCCGCUCCUGGGGAAGCCGGCGCUCCAGCUGGAACAGCCUGGGAAGGGCGCCGAGCCUCAAGAGGCGAGACACCAGCGGAGAGAGAGAGAGCCUUCUGUCCGGUGUGGGAGGAGAGGAGGAGGAUGGCGGGGAAGGCAAGGAGGAGGGCGGGGUAAUCAACCGAUUCCGGCCGGGCUCCUUGGAGCUGCUGCAGGCGUCCACUCUCCUGCCUUCCAUCAUAGCGGAGUACGGGGACUGCAACGGCAGGACCCUGACUUACGACCCCAACGUGAACUCCGACGCCAAGGACGACUCCUCGCCUGAAGAGGAUCUGGACGAUGACAGCUCUCUGUACUACUGGAUCAAGAAGAAGCUCGUUGACAUGAAGCCCCGCUGGUGCAAAGAGCACGAGGACUGGGCGCUGUACCUGUUCUCUCCAGAGAGCCUAUUGCGUGUUUGGUGCCAAAGUGUGAUCUCUCACAAAAUAUUCGACCAUGUGGUUCUGGUUUUCAUCUUCCUCAACUGCAUCACCAUUGCUCUGGAAAGACCUGCAAUAGAGAUGGGUAGCACGGAGCGAGUCUUUCUGAGCGUGUCCAACUACGUCUUCACUGUGAUCUUCUUGGCUGAAAUGGCCGUAAAGGUUGUAGCUCUGGGCUUCUGCUUCGGGAAGCAGAGCUACCUUCAGUCCAGCUGGAACGUUCUGGACGGUUUGUUGGUGUUUGUGUCUCUGGUCGACAUUCUGGUCUCUGUGGCCUUCAAUGGUGGAAACAAGAUCCUGGGCAUCCUCCGAGUCCUGCGUCUGCUGCGAACUCUACGUCCACUCAGGGUAAUCAGUCGAGCCCCGGGACUGAAGCUGGUGGUGGAGACUCUCAUCACCUCUCUCAGACCCAUCGGGAACAUUGUCCUCAUCUGCUGCGCCUUCUUCAUCGUCUUCGGGAUCUUGGGGGUUCAGCUGUUCAAGGGGAAGUUCUACAUCUGUGAAGGUCUGGACACAAAGAACGUCACCAACAAGUCGGACUGUGUGCCGCCGAAUUUACGCUGGAUACGAAGGAAGUACAACUUUGACAACCUGGUCCAGGCCCUGAUGUCGUUGUUCGUGCUGUCGUGUAAGGACGGCUGGGUCAACAUCAUGUAUGACGGGCUGGAUGCGGUGGGUGUGGACCAACAGCCUGUGAGAAACCACAACCCCUGGAUGCUGCUCUACUUCAUCUCCUUCCUGCUCAUCGUCAGCUUCUUCGUCCUCAACAUGUUCGUCGGCGUCGUGGUGGAGAACUUCCACAAGUGCCGGCAGGACCAGGAGGAGGAGGAGACCCGCCUGCGCGAGGAGAAGAGGCUGAAGAUGAUAGAGAAAAAGCGCAGGAGUAAGGAGAAUGGAGGGGCUGAGGCCAAGCAGAGGCCUUACUACGCAGACUACUCCCCCGUGCGUCUGUCCAUCCACACACUGUGUACCAGCCACUACCUGGACCUCUUCAUCACCUUCAUCAUCUGCAUCAACGUCUUCACCAUGAGCAUCGAGCACUACAAUCAACCGCAGUAUUUGGAGGAUAUCCUGAAGUACUGCAACUACGUGUUCACCGUCAUCUUCGUCAUCGAGACGCUGCUCAAACUUGUGGCAUUUGGGAUACACCGGUUCUUCAAGGACAGGUGGAAUCAGUUGGAUAUAGCUAUUGUGGCGUUGUCCAUCAUGGGCAUCACCCUGGAGGAGCUGAAGAUGAACGCAGCGCUGCCCAUAAACCCGACGAUCAUCAGAAUCAUGAGAGUGCUCAGGAUAGCAAGAGUGCUGAAACUUCUGAAGAUGGCCAAAGGGAUGAGAGCUCUGCUGGACACGGUCAUGCAGGCGCUGCCACAGGUGGGAAACCUCGGCCUCCUCUUCAUGCUGCUCUUCUUCAUCUACGCUGCGCUGGGAGUGGAGCUCUUUGGCAGACUGAAGUGCAGCGAUGAGAACCCGUGCGAGGGCCUGAGUCGUCACGCAACUUUUGAAAAUUUCGGGAUGGCCUUCCUCACACUGUUCCGCGUGUCCACUGGAGACAACUGGAAUGGGAUUAUGAAAGAUACACUGAGGGAGUGUCAUAAAAGUGACAAGUUCUGUCUCCCCUACCUGCCCAUGGUCUCUCCCAUCUACUUUGUCACCUUCGUGCUCAUGGCCCAGUUCGUCCUGGUCAACGUGGUGGUGGCUGUUUUGAUGAAGCAUCUCGAGGAAAGCAACAAGGAGGCCAAAGAGGAUGCAGAGAUGGACGCAGAGAUCGCCCUGGAAAUGGCGAUGGAGAGGCAACGCAAGCAAAGCACCACGUCCCACGGCAGCUCGGUGGAAGGAGCCUACAUUGGGCCGUGUCCACAGUCACCUGGACAGGAGGAAGAAGUCCACUGUGAAGACCCAGGCCUGCUGUCGUCAAGGAAGAUGUCUGUAUCCAGGAUGCACUCCCUGCCCAACGACAGCUACAUGUUCCGGCCCGUGCGGCCCGCCAGCGCCCCCUAUGCUUUGGAGGAGGUGGAUCUCAGUCCGCAGCACCAGCAUUCAGGCUCAGUGACGUCGGUGCACUCGCAGCCGUGUGAGAGUCGAGCUCUGCUGCAGGUUCCGGACGUUUCCCCCGUUCACCCCCGGUCGCCCCCCGCCCUCACCCUGCCCCGCAUCGCCCCCCCCACACCCAGCCUGUCUCCCCGCGCCCUGCGCAGACAGGUGGCAGUUAAAGUGGAUUCGGUGGAGUCGCAGGGUUGUGAACACCAGGAGAGGCCGAACCCCAUCCACCGUCCUCCCCCGUCCCCUUCUCCCCUCUCUCCUCACGCCUCCUCCCCAUCUCCCCUCCCUCCGCCUCCUCCUCCUCCCUCCUCUCCCUCAGCCCUCCCCCUCCCACCCAGCCCGGCCUCUGCCCACCCGCUUCCUCCUGCGUCUCCCUCUCCUCUGCCUCCUCACCUGUCUUGCCCCUCUCCCCUCCCUCCUCCGCCAUCUUCUCCCGCACUUCUCCUCCCCCCGCCUCCCUCUCCACGCCUCCCGCGGCGCCCCGCAAGCCUCCGGAGACCCCGCCCCCCCUCCGCCGCCUCCCUCUGCGACCCGACCGACGAGGAGGUGUAUCACAUCACCAGCCGCAGGUGGAGGGAGGAGGAGAGCAGAGGGAAGGUCGGCCGCAGCCACUCCCUCUCCCCUUACACGUCUCCACACUCUCUCGACUCCUCGCCGCUUCCUCCCCCGCUACCGCCCUCCUCCUCAAAGAGCACGCUCAGCCUGCUUCAGGAGGGGUUGAAGGAGCGUGACUUCAGGAAGGGCCUGAGCAUCGACCACCAGGCCUUCCUGGACAAGCCGGCAUCACUCGCCGUUGGUUAUCCCGACGACCACCGCCGCCAUUCCAUCGAGGUCUGCCUCCCACAGGCCGUCCUCCCCGACGACGAGCUACCCUUCGCACAAGAGGCCCACCGGUCGGAGAAGGGUGGCCAGGCAUUCCCUGUCAGGGUGCAGUCAGUCGGGGGGGGUCACAGAAAGAAGAAGAUGAGUCCUCCCUGCAUAUCCAUCCACCCGCCCUCCGAGAAGGAACCCCCCCAAACCUCCUCGCCCCCAAAACUGGCCGACUGCAGCAUGAUGCUGAGGCGCAGGACACCCUCCUAUGAUUUGACGCCACACUCGCAGGCGUCCUCCCCGAUGCACACAGCGCUCACACCCAUCCACAAACCCCUGCUAGCACACUCGCCCACUCACACACUGACACUCUCGCGGGGGUCAACUCCGACACACACUCAGUCAUACACUCCCCCGCACCCGUCCACACCCACACACCCGCACAUCCCCAUCAGUCCAAACAUCUUCAUCCAGCCUCAUGCUCCUCUCGGCCCGAACUCCUUCUCCCAGUCACGCUCCCACUCCCCGGCGGCGAGGCACUCGUCCCUCACGGGGGACUGCAUCCCCCUCCCCCAGUUCACCUUCGACCAGCCACAGUCCAGAUACAUGAGCGGCCUAUCACCUGGCCUGUCAGACGCCGACACGGCCACCUGCUCCUCCCCUUUCGACAACAGACUGGGAAGUGCUGCGGGAUUCAGUGCAAAGAACCGGAGGACCGCCCAGUGAGCGUCGAGCGUUGCCUUCAGGAACUCGUUUCUUUGGUCCCAAAGUCUCUGGAGCUGGAUUAGUGCGGCCUCGGCUGACCUCAGCAGAGAUUGGAUGCUACGGGGAGAAUGAGAGGAAGAAGAUAUCCUGGGAGAGGGAUAUUUUUUUUGUUUUCAUUUUGCUGCAUUCUGAAAAGACAUUGAUUUCUCUUUCCAGAGAGAUGCUGGAACAGUCCUUUCCUUGGAUGAUACACAGUGGAUCUAUUAUCCUGAACCCAGCGCGAAGGACAGCAGCUCCACCGAGGCUGAGCCAGUGUAACAGAACCCCCUGAACGUGGUGUGUUCGGACUAAUACUAAAAACACGCCAGGACUAAAGCCACCUAACUCCGUAGCCAAAGUUUUUUUUUUGUGACACACUGUCCCUUCCCAUGCAAGCCAAUCAGGAAGCAGCGUCUGGCUGAUAACCUCUGACCUUUUAGCGGGAAGCGGGUUUGUGAAAUGCGAGCACGGGGGGGGAAAUUGUGGGAUAUGCAACUUCAGGUUUUCUACAGAAGUUCUACUUGCCCCUCCUCUGCUCCUCGAUCACAUUGAUCAGAGCAGAAGUGUGUGUGUGUGUGUGUGUGUGUGUGUGUGUGUGUGUGUGUGUCUGUGUGUGUUUGAGUGAGGGAGCGAGUGUGCGUUUUACUGUCCGAUCUGUUUUCAUUGAAGUCGGCCAUGUUAGUCUCACGCCUGCAUCGACAGAGGAGGGGGAGCAGGGCAGAGCUGUAGUGUUUGUGUAUCUGUGCAGUGUAAAUAAAGGAAAAUACUGUAUUUGGUGAGAUUAAAAAAUAGCUCUAUCCAUAUGCACAUAUUUUUAUAGAAAUCUAAGAUGUUUUUGCACACAAAAUUUAAAUUUCAAGUUGCUUGUUUUCCCUCUGUUGUCCUCUUGUGAAUGUAUGUUUCUUUUCAAAGCGGAGAGCAGGGCAGUGUGAGGGGAUCGAGGAGGAGAGGAAUUUUAAUUUUUUCUAUUUUGAAAAAGAGAAAGAAGAGAGAGAACAGGGGGUGUGAUGUGUUUCUGUAGCUUCGUCUCAGAUCUCUAUGUGUCCGGUGUCUGAAUAACAGUCUAAAGACGUGGGCUCAGUGAUGCGUCCCAAAUCGAUUCCAACACGUUCCUCCACCUUGACUCUGCAGCCAGUUCAAUCUGUCCCUCCACAGAUUGAAAUCUCCAAAAUAACAUUCGGGAUUUUGUUUUUUUCUAUUGGACCGGAUGAAUACACGUGAAGGGAAAUCCAGUGUUAUUCUCCUGACGCAGGCAUCACGGAGCAUCUCCUCUUCAACUGUUCUCAAGCUGAAUCAGCUCCGACACCACUCAGUGUUUCUGUGCAUCUAAAGACAACCAAACUUACUAAGUAUGUGUAGCCAGAGUGCAAUAAUAAUAUAUACCUGUGGUAAAUAUAGUGACCUCGACGCUAUAUACAACAGCCACACUCGUGUUCGUACAUACUGUAGAACUAUAUAUGAUAUAAACCCGUUUUAUAUGAGGAUUAGGAGUGUUUCUAUCUCUAGUGUUCAUGCUACUAUAGGUGUCCUGCCCCCUGGGUGUGGCUGGCAGCGGUAGAAGCUCACGCCCACCUGCCGACGGAGGUCAUUUUAAUCUGAGGAGUGACAUUCAUCCCGGCUGAGGACUCAAUAACACACUCAUCACUGUUUUAUUUUCUUUAAUCCACCCUGACUAUGAAACACAACAAACCAAUCAAGAAAGACUUCACGUUUGUUUAAAGGUUCAAUGUGAAAGAUUCAGGUGAAAGGGCAGAAACUAAAUAUAAAAUAAUAUAUAUGUGUUUCAUUUAAAAUAUACAGAUUGUUGUUUUCUUCAGCCUAGAAUGAGCCUUUAUAUUGAAAUACUUUAUAUUUACAUCAUGAGCAGGUCCUCUCUACGGAGGAUAACUGAAGUCUUCAGGUUUUCUCUCAUGUUUGGAAGGAGAGGGUGAAGUGAGGGGUAUUGAGCUGCAACAUGCAGCUUCACCACUAGAUGUCACUAAAUCCUACACACCGAACCUUUAAAUCCAUAAGAGUCCUGCUGAAUAAACCCACAGAUGAAAGCAUGCACCCCCUGCAGGUGUGAAUGACAAAGUAAGGCGAGCAUGUUCCUUCCAGUGGCUGAAUGUUCACCUAUGAAGCCAGACUGGUGUCCAGCCACAGCACAAUAUGUCUUUCUGUUUCGUGCACAAUCUGGUUUGCCACUGACCCACGAGCAGCAUGCGUGUGAGCUGCUGGUUCCGAUCCCUGACUUUCAAAAGGCAGCUGGCUGGGUCGACGUCUUCGUGUUUAGUUCUGUUGUCUGAUCAGCAUGUCACGUGCACACGUCCUCGGUGAUCUGAGUGAAACCAAAGUGCUUUGAUGCUGUGACAUAAUCACCUCAGGCUCUGGUUGUUGGUUUUCGUUUCACAUUUGUGCAAAUUGAAAAUGAUGCAUCUUUAUAGAUUUCACCAACCAAACCGGCCACUUUCAAAGCAUAUACACGUUUUCCUCUUGAAUCCAACUAAACUGGUCUUAAGGUCUAUUAAUAAGCUCCAAAUUAUUAUCUUAUUAUCAUCAGAUUCUCGUUCAUUAGCUUCACAUCUCUCCAGCGGUAUGCAUGUAACUGUUGAGUUAAAACAGGAGGAGAAAAGCAAGAGAAAAGAAGGAAACUACUGUAUUUUCGGUUCAUUUUGCAACACGUCCACAGCUUUGACCCGAUUGGUUGGACCACGUUCAGCAGUGCAGUGCUGCAGCUAGAAGUUCAGGUCGAGGGUUCAGAUGAAGUUAGUUCAAUGUCGGCGUCUCGCAAAGACAGAUUUAAAAGCUCUUGGACAGUGAAAUCACAAACUGACAGAAUCACUGCUGCAGCGUCUGCGUUGGAUUGUGAGAUGUUCUGGACGUGGGACAGUUGCUCAUUCUCCCUGGUUCUAGAAUCAUUUUUUUUAAAUACAGUAUGUGCGUGAACACUGUCAUCGUGCAACAUGUCCUGUUUCAUGUCCUCUUCCUGCACAGGCUGUUAGCAGCUGGAGGUUUUUGAGUGCAGUCUGUCUCCUUCUUAUUUGCACAGACGACACCGGUCUCCAGCAGGUUGCCAUAAUAAUCAGUACAGUUUGGUAGGGUGACUGCAUAUUUGUUCUUUCAGAUCUCUGGAUCUCAGUAUUUAAAUCCUGUUUUUUCGAGGAAACAGUUUUGACUGUUGCAUGUUUCCGAUUUAAGAUAUGAAAAAAAAAAAAACUUUUGGGAAAAGAAUCAUCUGGAUGUUUUAGAGAUUUUGAUAUUAGCAUUUUCAGAUGUUUCCAUUUGUAGAUUGACUACCUAAUUGCACUGGGCUCUGAUUAAUUGGUAUCUGUGAAAAUACUGAUUAGAUGACCCUCUUCUUUAUGGUCCAAUGCAAUACCGGGUGGUUAUUUGCUGUAUGAGGACUGAACUCCUCUUUAUACAGUUUUCUAGACAGACAUGGAAACCAAACUGGUUCUCUUUUGCUUGGAACCGGUGUUAUUUAACGUUGAGGUGAACCUUUUCUUCACACAAUCAUGGUAGAACUCUGGUGAUGGUGAAACUAAUUAACUGAUGUGUAUUUUCCGUAGGAGUAGCCUUGACCCUGACGCUCUGUAACAGACAGAUCAGGUUUAGUAAUAAGAUGUAUUUUACUUGCUGGUCCGGCCACAGCAGCAGAUCCAGAUGUUCAAACUGUGACACAACUUGAUUUUGAUGAAUCAGACGCCUUCUCUUUUCUUUCUUUCUUUCUUUUUUUUUAUUUAAUUUUUUUAACAACCGUACGGGGAUUGGCUCAAGCACCCCCCCUUACCCCCAAAAGACCCCCCCUAAGCCUUACAAGGAGGGGAGGAGGUGUGUUCUGUUUGUUGGAGAAGAACCGAUGUGUCUGCAAUAAAAAGCCCUCCGUCCGCCCCCGUCCCGGCGGGAGAAGGGACGGGGACAGGGGGGGGGGGGUUUAAAGGCUCGACACGCAGUCGGACUC